UAAGUACCGAUACUUAAGUGAUCGGUCAGUGGCAUCAGAGAUCAGUGAGGAUUGAUGUUCAGUGCGAUACUGAGUUGUAAAACUAAAUCGCGAUUGCAGCUUUUGUGGUAGUGCAUAAUAAGUUAAAUUCAGUAAGUCACAAGAUGUCGGUAAAAGUGCAGAAGAUCACGGAGCCCCUGGCCUUGGGCGAGGGUCCGCACUGGGACGAGCGCCAGCAGGCGCUCUACUUCGUCAGCAUCAAAGAGUGCACCAUACACAAGUACGUGCCGUCCACUGGGGAGCACACCAAGACCAAGCUUGAUGGCCGCGUAGGCUUCAUAGUGCCCGUGGAGGGAGCUACCGACCAGUUCGUGGUGGGCGUGGAGCGCAAGUUUCUGGUGCUGCAGUGGGAUGGCCGCGACGGGAGCCCUGCGAAAGUGAUCAAGGAGUUGGGAGAAGUAGACCAGGACGUGCCUACGACGCGCAUCAACGAUGGCAAGGCAGACCCUAGAGGGCGGCUCUAUGCUGGCACAAUGGGCCACGAGAACGCUCAAGGCGAGUUCGACCCAAAAGCCGGGUCUCUCUUCCGCGUAGACGGCGGCGGCAUCAAGAAGCUGGUGCAAGGAGUCACCGUCUCCAACGGGCUGUCCUGGGACCUGAAGGAGAAGGCCUUCUACUACACAGACUCCAUGGACAGCAACAUCAGGAGAUACGACUACGAUGUCGAGACUGGCGAGAUUUCGAACCUGCGCUACAUCUUCGACUUCAAGAAGAACGGCAUCGAGGGAGUGCCCGACGGACACACCAUCGAUACCGACGGCAACCUCUGGGUCGCCGUGUUCAACGGCUCCUGCAUCCUGCAUAUCAACCCCAAGACUGGACAACUACUGCGCAAGGUGUCGAUCCCGGCGCUGCAGGUCACGUCCGUCACCUUCGGCGGCCCGCAGUUCGAUGUCCUGUUCGUGACCACUGCCAGCUUGAACAUCACUGCUGAACAGAAGCCUCCGUGUGGCUGUACCUUUAUGGUGACCGGUUUGGGCGCUAAGGGACACCCCAACGUUAAUGUUAAACUUUAAGAUAAGUGUAAUUAGAUACAAUAAUAACCCUUCCUAUUAGAAAUAUUAUAUUGUUGUUAAUCCAGCAUGUUAUGAAUGAAAUAUUUAAGUAUAUUACCGUUAUUAAGUAUUAUCCACAUUGGUGUAGUCUUAUUAUUAUUAAAAGACAAUAUUAUGCAAUAAACGUUAA